AUGAUUCCAUUAGGUCCACCAGGAUUGAAAGGAGAGUCAGGAAAUCCUGGUGUGAGAGGUCCACCAGGACCCAAGAGUGGUGGAGUACAGUACGUACGAUGGGGAAGAACCACCUGCCCUUAUAAUGCUACUCUUGUUUAUAAAGGAAGCGUUGGAGGUUCGCACUAUUCUCAUAAGGCUGGAGGUGCUAAUUACGUUUGUCUUCCUGAUACUCCAAAAUAUAGAAAGUACAAAGAUGGUGUCCAAAGCAGUCGUGGAUACAUGUACGACACCGAAUAUCAAGACGCCCAAUCCCAACUUUUUACUAAUAAGAAUCUUGAGCACCAUGACGUCCCAUGCGCUGUGUGUUAUGUUAAAGCCAGAAGUGCCAAACUGAUAAUUCCAGCGACUUACGAGUGUCCCGCGGGAUGGAAACGCGAAUACCAUGGGUAUCUGAUGUCUGAGGAUUAUGCUCAUUCACAUCCAAGCGAAUAUAUUGACAUUGAUGCCGAAGCUGUUCCAGGCACGAAAGUCGACGUAAAUGGUGCCCUGUUGUAUCACGUAGAAGGUGUGUGUGGAUCUCUGCCUUGUCCUCCAUAUGUUGAGGGAAGAGAACUGACAUGCGCAGUAUGUACCAAGUAAUACGAAAAAGAACUCGGCAAUCUCCUUUGGUCAAUAUUGAUUAUAGGCUUUUCAUUGGUUUGAUAGUAUACAAUAAGUUAAGUCACCAUAAAUUAUGCACCAUUGAGAAAAGCGAUAAGGCUGAUUUUUCACUAAUAAAAUAAACUCAUAUUCUCACUUUUUUCAUGCUGUAAGACCUUUUUUAGCUCUUGCAGUAAGAAAGUUGUAUUCAGUGUUAAAUUAUAGCAUCUUUAGGUUUAUAGUAAUCGGUUUUAGUAAUAGGUUUAUGCGCGAUUAUACCAUCCCACUUAGGAAUUUUGAACACAACUCACCACCAGCCACCCCACGGGCUAUUUUUGUUCUUUGAAGAUUCUUCGACAAAGUUUUCCA